AUGCAAUAUUAUAAUUCGACGGAAUCGACGCCGACGAAUAUUAAUGAAUUGCCCCUUAUGCCUUACAUUAAGUAUGAAACCACCUCGUAUUUCAACAGCAGUAUUGAAAAUGCUUCUGAUAAGGAAGUUGCUUUAAAAAGGUUGCAAAAUUUUUGUAAUGGACCCAUGACAGUAAUAGAAGAUACUGAAAAAAAAUUGGUCAAUGAAUAUGAUAUUUCUGAGGAAGAUAAUACCGAGUUUGAUAUUGAAGCAUUAUAUAGUCCUUGCGAUGACAGUGACGCCGAUAAAAACUACCAGCCUAGCGGCAGCAGUAGCGAAUCAGAAAAGGAAGAAGAAACACAAAAAAGGAGUAACAAAAAGAGGAAAAUUUUGUCCGAACUAGUAAGAAUAGAUGCAUCUGAAAAUGUGGAAGACGAGGGUAAUGUCAAUAAUAAUAGUUCUGGAGGAAAUAGAGAUAAGGAAAAUGAAACCACAAAAAGGUUUUCAAUGAUCGAGAAAUCUUAUCAGUUAGAAUCUACAGAAAAUAAUAUGCCUGGAACCAGUGGAACCAGCACCAAAAAGAAAAAAUGUCGUCGUACAGAGCAAGAAAAAGUUGAACAUGGUAAAUUAAAACAUCCGAUGAGAAAUCUGUGUUCAGGAAAAUGUAAAAGGGAUUGUACCAAGUUAUCAGAUGAGGAUAGAAAUAAGAUAUGGGAUCACUACUGGAAUUUAAACUAUACAAGUAGAAGAAAGUGGUUAAGCAAACAUGUUUCACUUGUUUCUGUUAAGCGUAGGAUAUUGUCAGCAUCUAGAAAUAGAUCAGAGUCCAGACGAUUUUCUUUGCCUCUUGCUGAUUCGAAAGACGUUCAAGUUUGUCGACUUACAUUUCUAAAUACCCUAGGAUACACCAACGAUUCUGUAAUAACUGAACUGGUGCGAGCUAUUAAAAAGAAACCCUGUGGAGAAAUGGUAAAAGAAUGUAGGGGAAACCAUAAAAAAGCAAUUGACCCAACAUUCAUUAAAGCCCAUAUUGAAUCAUUUCACCCAUUUGUCAGUCACUAUCGCCGAAAAAAUGCACCACUACGUAGAUACCUGUCGAGGGAAUUAACUAUUGAUAAACUGUACAAUGAUUUCAAUGAAAAGAAUCCUAAUACAUGUAAAGUUGAGACUUACAGAAAAGUUCUAAAAGAUAUGAAUAUAUCCAUGUGUCCUCCUAAAUCCGAUGUAUGUGAAGAGUGUGAGACAAUGGAAAAUGAUGAUGAUGAUCAAGUGAGGCAAAAAUUACAUACACAUAAACUAAGAGCUGCAAAGGCUACUUCACAAUAUAAGAAAGAUGCAGAAGAGGCAUCUACUUCUGAAAAUGCUACGUUGAAACGUACAUUUUCAAUGGACUUACAAAAAGUUAUGCUCCUACCCAUAAUGCCUGCUUGUAAAAGCUCUUUUUUUAUUAGCAGGCUAGUAAUAUUUAAUGAGACUUUUGCAACAUUAAAUAAGGAGAGCCGCAAAAAAAGUUAUUGCGUUUUAUGGCAUGAGGCUCUUGCCGGCAGAAAGGCAGAGGCGAUUGCUGAUUCGAUUUUAAAAUUAAUGAAUCAAGAAAGGGAUGCGACCGAAUUUCUGUUUUGGGCAGAUAACUGUACAGCCCAAAACAAAAAUUGGGUGUUAUUUACAACUCUUGUAAAUGCAGUUAAUUUACCAACUGGCCCAAAUAAGAUAACAAUUAGAUACCUCACCAAAGGUCACACCCAUAUGAGCGCAGACGGAAUACAUGGAAAUAUAGAAAGAAAAAUAGGGCGGAAACGAACAAUUACUGACUUUCAGGAGCUCGUAGAAGUUAUUCAGGCAUGCAGGAAAAAUGUCGAUGUCCUUCAACUAACCGAAUUUCAUUUAUGGCAAAAUAAAAAGAGAAUCACAAGGAAGCCGGAUGACCCAUUGAAAGGGUUUCUUAUAGCUGCUCUCUAUAUUAUGGAUGAUGGAAAACGAGAAAAUAAUAAAACAAAAAAGCCCAGAAGUGAAAAUGUUAAAAUUGUUCUGUCAACAUAUUUACAUAGAAGGCAGUUUCCAAGUCCAAAACCAAUGCUUAUUUCGAAGCUGACAGCAUUAAAAAACAUGAAUUUGAAUACCCGGAUACGUCGACAAAAUUCCAUAGUAUAUAAUUUCAUCAGUGAUUGUGAACCUUUGCAGACAGAGUACAGUUUUGUGUUUCAACAGUUUACGCUAUGGCUCAAAGAUCAAAUAAGGAAAUCUCCGCAGUGUCAAGAUCUAGAAAUACUUGUGGGCCCUCUUUUUUGUCAUUUCUACUUUGACAUUAGAAGUAGUGGAAAGACUCAUGAAGCUGUUUCUUCAAGUAACUCAUUUUUCAAAGCCCAUAUUGAUAAAGUAGAUCAAACUAAAUGCAAUGACAUAGUUAAAGGAAUACUGAGAGCGGUAAGUGCUGCUUCAGAAAAUAUUAUUUUAAAUGGGUCAGAUUGCCCAAGCUUUGAUGAGUUGAAAGAAAAAUUUAGAUCCAGUAAAAUCAGGGUUCACCUCAAACCAGAAUCCUUAACAUUGCUUAAGAAUUUUGUAGCAGCUAGCUUACAUAUCGAAUCAGAUAUAUUAAUACUUCAAUCUCUUAAAUCUUGGUUUGAUUUCCACAUUAUUUCCAAAAGUUGUAAUGGAUUUGAUAGUCAAUUAGUCACAGCAGAAGAUAUUAUGACACAUGUGGAUUCAGUUACCUUUGCAAUGCUUCAGGACCUUAAAGAUCAGCUGCAUCCAUAUAUCAAUUUUGACGACAAGGAAAAUGCUGUAGAGGAUAGUGUUACAAGUACAGAUGAAAAAAUUCUCCCAUUGCUAACUGAUGGAAAUUCACAGCCUAAAAACCAAAACAAAAAUGUAUUAGAAAAAUUAAAUAACAUAAUUGAUAAGGCUAGAAAAGUACCACCAAGUUUUUGUAAUAUGAGAAUAAUGAAUUCAAAAAGUUUUGUGACAUGUGGGCUUUUAAGAAGGCGUGCCAACUUAGUAAUAUUUGCUGAAAAUAAUGUUUUACGAGUAUGUCCUUCACAGGUUCUCUCAUUAGUUGCUGAAACUAAUGAAUUACAAGUAUUUCCUUCUCAGGUACUUUCAGAUUCUGUUUAUGAUAUAGAGAAAUUGGAUCAUAUUAGAUUUAUUGAUCAUUCAAAGCAAAUUUAUUCAAUUGCAUUAUGUCCAAGAAAUGAUAUAAUUUGCACAGGCUCAGCAGAUUGUAGCAUAUGUGUAUAUAGUCUUAGCCAGCUGAAAUUUCUUGGGAGACUAUCAGGACAUUCAGGUACUGUGUAUUGUGUAGCAAUAAGUGAUAAUUUAAAGUAUAUUGCGUCUGGUUCCCAUGAUACUACAGUCAGGCUGUGGGAUUUAAAAACUGGUAAACUAUUGCGACUUUUCGCUGGACAUAUAGAAGCAGUUAUUUGUAUUCAUUUUCAUCCAAAUUCUCUGUAUUUGGCAUCAGGUUCAGCAGAUAAAAAUGUUAGAAUGUGGUGCAUUAAUUCAGGGAGCUCAGUACGAAUGCUGCAUGCAUCCAAGAAAGAUGUAUAUGCAGUAGCUUUCUCACCCAAUGGCCUGUUGAUUGCCUGUGCUAGUGAUGACAAAAAAUUAUUCAUUUAUUGUGGAGUGAUAACUCUCAAAAGUUGUGUGGCGGGACCGUUUCUGGUGUAG